UGCUCAUCCCGCGGGUUUUGUGUCCAGGGAUCUUGGCAGCACAUGGAGGGUGCGGUAAGAUCCUGGAAUAAACCAGCAAAACCACUUUGUGCUUCUUCCUGAGGGUUCUGGGGCUCUCUGCCCCAGGGUUUGGGUGCUCCCUGCCCUGCAUGCUGGGCAGGAAUUCCUGCUGGGUGGAUUUGGGAAGUGAGGAGUGGGGUGAACAGCCUGAGACGAGCUCCAGCUAAAACCAAGACUGGAGGUCCCUCCUGGUCUUGUGCUGAGCUCCUCGGCCCCAAGUACAGCUGAGGGGGUUCAGGGUGUGAGUGCCGUGGUUUUCCAUCAUUAAUCCAGUUAAAACUGAGCUGGAGACUUGCUGAGGGCAGUGCAGGAGGGUGUCUGGGGUAUAAAUCCCUGUCUGCAGGUGCAUGAGUGUGCCUUGGAGUGAAGCACUAAAGCAGCUGCCUCUGAGUGUUCCUGUGUGCUUUCUGGUGUGGGUUUAACUAAUCCAGACUAACCAGGCUUGCUCUGAUGAGGGGGAAAUGUCUGUUUGUGGCUCAGGGGGCAGACACUCUGUGUGAACAUCCUGUAAAGCUGGUUAAACAGACUCUUCUUUUGUAAGUUCAGCCUCAGCUGCUGUUUUCCACCCACCUCUGUCCCUUCCACAAGGGGUUUUGCCAUCAAACCAUUCCCUGAACUCUCCUUCCCUGUGAGAGGCCCAUCCCUGCUGCCUGUGGUGGUUGUGGCAGUGGGAGGUGCAGGGUUUGCAUGAGUUUCCUGUCGUGGAGCAAAGUGAGGACAGAGCAAAACUUCACCCAGCCUGAGCUUUAGAGCCUCCCAGCCAUGGAACAGAGGAGGAGCUGGUCAGUCUGUGACCAAGAACCUGAGACACUUCAGGCACCUGGAGGAUCUGUGUAACCACAGCCCACUUCUGGUUCACCUUCAGGAGCUCCAUAAAUCCCAGUCCUUUUCCUGUGGCUGUUGGUUGCCCAGUGCAGGAGGAACGAUGGGCAGUUGAUUGGUUUGGGUCCCCACAAUCCCAAGAAGAAGCAGGACCUGGACAAGCUUUAUGACCUAAAAUCUAAAGCCCAGCAGAUUAUGAACCAGUUUGGCCCUUCUACCUUGAUCAACCUCUCCAACUUCUCCUCCAUCAAGCCAGAGCCAGCCAGCACCCCCCCCCAGAGCUCCAUGGCCAACAGCACCACCGUGGCCAAGAUGCCUGGAACACCCAGUGGAGGGGGCAGGCUCAGCCCUGAGAGCAACCAGGUUUUAACCAAGAAGAAAUUGCAGGACCUGGUGCGUGAGGUGGAUCCCAACGAGCAGCUGGAUGAAGAUGUGGAGGAGAUGCUGCUGCAGAUCGCCGAUGACUUCAUCGAGAGCGUGGUCACCGCCGCCUGCCAGCUCGCGCGGCACCGCAAGUCCAACACCCUGGAGGUCAAAGACGUCCAGUUGCACCUUGAGCGCCAGUGGAACAUGUGGAUCCCGGGCUUUGGUUCUGAAGAAAUCAGGCCCUACAAAAAAGCCUGCACUACAGAAGCUCACAAACAGAGGAUGGCACUGAUCCGCAAAACCACCAAGAAAUAGCCCCUGGGCAGAGCUGGGAGACGCCGCCAGUGCAGUUUGGGAUAUUUUGCCUCUCCACUGAAGCCUCCACGAUGUCACCCGUGGGAUGUUUUUUUUUUUUAGUGCUUUACAGAGAAGCAUCUAUUUUUUAUUAAUGGUGCAGCAAUAUCUUGACUCUACGAGGAGAUCUGCCAAAAACACUCUCUGCCCCUUUCCUUGUUCCUCCUCAGAGCGCGACGUAUCUCAAGGAGAGACUUUUAUUUGUGACUUGAAAGUGGUUUCUCGUACAAGUGAUUGAUUACCCAAGGGACAGAGCGUUUGGUCAUGUGUGGGACAGUAUUAGAAGCAUCUGUAGAGGUUUUUGUUUCCUCCUUCCUGCUCCAGUACUUUGUAAUGUCAGUGUUUAUAUAAAUACUUGCGUUUGUUUUACAUGAAUAAAGAAAUUAUUAAUCUAA